UUUGAAAAUAUUCUGACAUACUUAUGUCAAGAUAAAAGCACCUGUAGAUUUUUUGGAACAAUGCAAUAUAAAUCGACAUAAAAUAUCUGUAGCAUCACUUUAAUUUAAUCAUGCACUGGAUAAGGAAAAUCAUAUUUUGUGUGUUGUUUGGCCUGGCCACGUGCGACAUAGAAUGCUUCAAAGAGUCGCUUUCAAAAUGCCAUAACGAGACUGAUCAUAUAAAAGAUAUGAGUUAUUGUGGGCUUCAACCAUUUCUCACGGGGUGUGUGUCUGUUGCGGCAACCGAAUGCAAGAAACCAUUUGCAGAUGCAGCUAAAAAAGCAGACGAUGUGCUAACUGACUUCUGUACAGAAGGAAAACCUUUUUUUGAGGCGUUAAAAAAUGACGAAAACUGUGACAUGCACACUUUUUCUGAUCCAGAUUGCGAUCCUCAAGGUAAUGUUAAAAGAAUGGUAGACAGAAGGAGCAAUGAUGAAGACAAUCUUUAUUGCGAAAACCUCGGCUCGAAUCGAGAAUGUAUGUUCGAACAUUUUAAAAAAUGCUCCACUGAAGAUGCCCAGAAAGCUUUCCAGACAUUGUACGAAAGUAUGCUUGGUCUGUUUAAGGGAUUGUGCUACCUGAAUGGUUCCUGAAGCCUUCGUAUGUGCCUGAAAGAUACAAGUUUCAAGAUUUUUAUUUUAAUACGUAAUGGAAACAAUUUGAUUUUAUGGUGAUAAAAAUCAAAUUGCUUUGCUAACAUUUAAUUGUUGAAAUAUCGUUAUAAGAUAUAAUAUCUAAUAUCAUGUAAAAACAAUGUUUUAUGUCAUUAGAAAAAAAAUCACGAAAUUAGUAUA